UGACGUCUACUGGAAACAGUCAGGACUGCACAAUGGCGGCAGAAUCGGAAGGUAUGCAGAAAAUGUUGCCAGAAAUGAAACAGAAACGAAAACCAUUCCGUGGAUCUUACUGUUCUUGUGCGGCUCACGUCUGCAACAAAAUUCUACUGUUUAUCUACACAAUCUGCUACGUGAUUGUGGGUCUGGUUCUGAUGGUGGUGGGGGUGUUUGUGGAGAUAGAGAGACAACAGAUACAGUCUCUAGACAACCGCCUCGCCCUGCCUGUUGCGUUGCUCAUCCUCGUGGGCCUCGUCAUCUUCAUCACAGCGCUGUGUGGCUGCAUCGGCACUGUCAAGGAGAACCCCACUCUCCUCAAAGUGUUUCUGGUGGUGACUGUAAUUGUGUUUCUCAUUCAAGUGACGAUCGGAAUCAUAGCGUUCAUAUACAGACAGCAGGUUCCUGAAAUCUUGAGUCGUGAACUGAUGUUUGGUGUUGAGGGGUACACGGAGAGUUCGGGAGUAAAGACGGCAAUGGACUACAUACAGAGACAAUUCAAGUGUUGUGGGUUCGAGACAUACGAAGACUACAGCACGAAGAACGCAGACUUCUCAUGCGUGUCGGACAAACCUCAGGCGUGUGGUGUCCCGCAGUCGUGCUGCAAGCGUACCAAGGGUGCAGAUUUUUCUGAAAGCUGUGGUUUUGGUAUUAUCGGAAAUGCCUCGGUGUACACUGUUAUCAACACCGAGGGAUGCACUGAUGCAUUUGUCCGCUACCUGGCUGAACACCUUGACUGUGUGGGAGCUACAGCGCUGGGCUUCUCCAUCCCUCAGAUUUUUGGAUUCCUGUUGGCUUACUAUUUCAUUCGCCAUGUGCAGAACAUGCGAGUGUGGUACAGAGUGGAUAACUACAAGGCUUAGAUAACUACACAACACUCUCACCAGCUAGACAACAUGAUGUCUUGUCUGUCUUUACCAUAACUAGAACUUACUGAGUUAUAUGAUAACUUCGAGGCUUAGAUAACUACACAAUCUCACCAGCUAGUCAACAUGCUGUCUUGCCUGUCUUUGCUAUCUCUAGAACUCGCUGAGAACAUUAUGUGAUAACUAUAAGGCUUAGAUAACAAGACGUAGACUAUAGAAUGCUCUCAACAUGUUGUCUUGUCUGUCUUUACCAUCACUUAGAACUCGAGAACAUUACAUGAUAACUACACAGCUUGGUCUACAGAAUACCCUCACCAGCUAGUCAACAUGUUGUCUUGCCUAUCUUUACUAUCACUAGAACUCGCUGAGAACAUUACAUGAUAACUACACAGCUUGGACUACAGAACACCCUCACCAGCUAGUCAACAUGUUGUUUUGCCUAUCUUUACUAUCACUAGAACUCACUGAGAACAUUACAUGAUAACUACACGGCUUGGACUACAGAACACCCUUACCAGCUAGUCAACAUGUUGUCUUGCCUAUCUUUACUAUUACUAGAACUCGCUGAGAACAUUACAUGAUAACUACAUUGCUUAGAUAACUACACAACACACUCACCAGCUGGUUAAGGCUUCCAUAACAAGGCUUAGAUAACUACAAGGCUUAGAUAAGUACAAGGCUUAGACUGCAGAAUACCCUCACCAGCUAGUCAACAUGCUGUCUUGCCUGUCUUUACCAUCUUUACUCACGUGAUAACUAUACGGCUUAGAUAACAAGGCUUAGAUAACUACACGGUUUCGAUAACUAUAAGGCUUAGAUAACUACACAACACUAUCAUUAGCUAGUCGACAUGUUGUCUUACCUGUCUUUUCAAUCACUAGAACUCACCGAGGACAUUACAUGAUAACUAUAAGGCUUGGAUAACUGCACAACAAUCUCACCAGCUAGUCGGCAUGUUGUAGAAAACUACAAGGCUUAGACUACAUAACACCCUAACCAGCUAGUCAACAUGUCUUGCCUAUCUUUAAAAUCAUUAAAUCUCACUAAGGACUGUUUUACUCACUGCUUCCAAAAUGAUGCUUAACACCCAUUGCAGAAGAUCUUGUCCAAACAGAUUAAAAGGAUGAUGUCGUGACUUUAAAUUUUACUCAGAAGCUGGGCCUCGGUACCUUGUAUUCUUUAUUUCUUGCCUGUGACUAUCACUAGACGUAAUAGGUGCUGCUGGUACCAUACCUCAAUCUUUGUUGUCUGUCUGUAAUCACUAUCACUAUCACAACUAGAACUAAUUAAUGACAUAAUAAUAGUCCCAGUUUUCGAGAUGGUGCUGUACAUAGGUCAUAAACCUGCUGAUAAAAAACAGUGUGGAAACUGGUGUGUUUAUAGGCUGUUUAGAUUUAGAAAUCUGGGUCAAGUUCAACUGGACAGAGUUGAAAGAUGCUUAUUUAUAGACUAGUUUUUGCUCAUCAUGUUAAACUGAAAGAUCACUUUUGGAACCAAUCCAUUUGUUUGCAAACAUUAGCAGUGAUCACUUUCGGUGAAUGCAUUCUCAGAUCCUUUAUUUCCUGCCAGUUACACUUUAAUGACAUAAUCCAGGCUGCCAUGCAGCUCCAUAUUUUUUUCUUUCUUGCCAGUUAGAGUUACGACUAAUUGAAUGACAAUAAAGUCCCUGCUAACAAGAUGGUGCUUGACAUCUUUCAGUGCUUGUUUACAGUUACUGAAAACAGAGUCUGAGACAUAGUCAGUGUUUUGAACGAUUCCAUCACACUUUUAAAAGUUUACCUGGAAGCUGGCCCUCGGACCUUUUUUAUUCUUUGGGGGUUUUACUGUCAUUACUAGACAUAAUAGUUCUUGCUCCCUUUUCUGUUGUGCUUGAUAAGCCUAUUUUUGACAUCACAUUUAAAAUUUUACCUGGAAGUUAAGCCUCAGAAUUAUUGGUUUUUUAUCCCUUGCCCAUGAAAAUUCAUCCUCAAUCAGUCGAAAGUUGUCCUGUUAAUAGAAAAGUUUGGUUAUGAUAUGUCUUCAUUCUUUGUUAUCGAAUAAUGCAUUAUUGACAUUGGCAAUGGCACAGUAUUUUUUGCAAAAAACCUGUAUUAUUUAAUGAAGAAUACAGUCUGAAGGUAGACAUGUACAUGCUGUGUUGUCUGUUUUCAUUUUGUGUUUAAAAAUUAAUUCGCACGACUCCAGCUUGCAAAACCAGUGGCAUAGCGUGGGCGGGGCUACUGGGUCGGUUGCCCUGGGUACAAAAUUCUGGACUGGUGGAAGGGACUCGGGGAGUACUAACAGUCCACUGGUUAGAGGGCACAAUACUUGCCUUGCCCCGGACGCUGGCAACCCACACUAUGCCACUGUGCAAAACAACUAUAAUGUACCAAAAAAAAAAAGUAACAUCUAUGUCUCCCACUCCACAUUUUAGAAAGCUGAUUGGUGUCAAUGCUCAUUUUGUCAAUUAAUGUUUGAUGUAAUACAAGUUUGGGUUAAAAAUAACAUAUCCUUAAGUGGGAUGACUUUAGAAAGAGAACAACUCUUGAUUAAUUGGAAUGAUCUUUAGUUUCAUCUUGCCAUUUUAAUUUUUUGUUAGUUUUGUAGUUUUUUAAUGGCAGUAUAACAACAGUUAUGGUAGGUUGAGGUGAAAGGAGGAGCAGGAUUGUUGUUCCCAUAUGACCUAUCACAGAAAUGGUUCAAUUGUAGAUCAUGAGUAAUAUCAAAGCUUGGCUCAUUACUGUGUAAUAUUUAAAUCUGAGCUCACAACUACAUAUGUAUGUAAUAUUUAAAUCUUAGUUCAUGACUAUGUAUGAUUACGCAUACACAUUUUUGCUAGUAAUAAGCAAUGGUGCUUUUGAGUUUAUUAAUUAUAUUUAUGGUGCAUGCUUUAUCACCAUGGUUUAAAAUUUGUAUUGUGUUGUGUAUUUAGUUACGGAAAACUGGACAUAUGUAUGUUUUCUUUACUAAUUUCUGAACUCUUUGUUAUUUAUCUGCAUGGAAUCAAUGGAAGGGAAAAAAAGUUAUUUUCAUCUACGCUAAGGCACAAAUGCAAUAUUUGGUUUCCAUUAAGUCCGUUAACAGAGUUUUAUUUAACAUUAAUUUUUACAAAAAAUGUUUCUGGAUUGUUUAAAAGCUAUUCGACUGGGUGACUGACUUCCAACAUUGAGUGAAAAUGUAUGACUAGUUUUCUUUAGCUGUAUGUAUUGUAAACUGUACACUUGUUUUCUUUAUCUGUAUUGUAAACUGUACACUUGUUUGGUUGUUGUGUUUGUUUUAUAUUUUUGUUUGUAUUAUUCACUUGAAAGAUUAGAGUGUUAUGGUCAUAGUUAUAAAUACUGUGGUGUAUGUUAUUUACAAUUCAAGUCUGAUGGUAUUGCAGGCACCAUUUUCCCUUAAAUAUUACCUAAAUCCAUUGGAUUCUUGCAGUUUUACAUCUAUAACCACGAGAAUCAAAAUGUUUUUGUAGUUUUACAUGUAUAACUAUGAGAAUCAAAAUGUUUUUGCAGUCUUACAUGUAUAACUAUGAGAAUCAAAAUGUUUUUGCAGUUUUUACAAUAUGCUCAGCUAUGUGACUACUGUUAUUUGAUGAAUAUUAUAAUGAUUAUCUGGAAAUGGAAAUUACUUUUUCUGAAACAGCUUGCCUAAACAUUAUGGAUAUUUGACUACAUGCUUGAUUCGUUUUUAAGGCUUGAUUUUGCAGGGAUCUAUCAUAACUGGAUUCAUGUGACAUUUAUUUAUGUGAAUAUUACUGGAUUCCCAUCGUUAAACAAGCCCUGCAUCACGUAAAAAGAAAAAAAAGAGGUUAAAAUUGACAAUUAUAUAAAAAUGCCAACUUAAAUGUACCUAUGACCAUUUUACAUCUAGUUUUUCUGAUGUUUUUAACUCAUUACUUGCAUAAUAGUUCAUAAUAAAACAUUUAAAUAUUUUUGUUGCUAUUGCAGCUAUAUAUUUUGCUUUUAGAUGUUGUAUUUUUUAUUAUUUUUUACUGACAGUAGCUGAUGUUUUGUACGUUUCCAGACUGAGCAUAAUGAUAUACAUGUAUAUGUCGAUAAAUAAGAAGUGGCUUCAUCUUGUUUGUAUUAUUUACUUGAAACAUAAAGGUGUCAUUUGAAAUUCAGAUUAAGUUAAAUGACAGUAAGGUUUUCCACAUUAUAACCUAUGAUUUUCUUAAGAUACUUCUCAACAACGAAGACGUUGGCGUAGAGGGGUUGAUAAUUUGUAACAGGAGCUGGAUAUCCAUCUCUGGUAUGUUGUACUUGUUUGUUGUACAAAAGUAGAACUUUUGACAUUUUUAAUACUUUACGAAAUAAAUGCUAUUUUCAA